GGAAGCGGCGGCAGCAGUGGAGAGUUGGCGGCGCGCGGAUGCAGGCGGCGCGGCACGUCGUGUGCGCCCUGUCCGGCGGGGUGGACAGCGCCGUGGCCGCGCUGCUGCUGAGGCGGAGAGGUUACCAAGUGACAGGGGUGUUUAUGAAGAACUGGGACUCGCUAGAUGAACAUGGAGUUUGCACUGCUGACAAAGACUGUGAAGAUGCUUACAGAGUUUGCCAAAUCUUGGACAUCCCUUUCCAUCAAGUGUCCUAUGUGAAGGAGUAUUGGAACGAUGUGUUCAGUGAUUUUUUAAAUGAAUAUGAAAAAGGAAGAACUCCCAAUCCUGACAUAGUCUGCAACAAGCAUAUCAAAUUCAGCUGUUUUUUUCGUUAUGCUCUGGAUAAUCUUGGAGCAGACGCGGUUGCCACAGGUCACUAUGCAAGAACUUCACUGGAAGAUGACGAAGUCUUUCAGCAGAAGCACGUGAAGAGGCCAGAAGGGCUUUUUAGAAAUCGCUUUGAAGUUAGAAAUGCGGUAAAACUUCUCCAAGCAGCUGACAGCUUUAAAGACCAGACCUUCUUUCUCAGCCAGGUUUCCCAGGACGCCCUGAGGAGAACCCUCUUCCCUCUGGGGGGAUUAACAAAAGAUUUUGUAAAGAAAAUAGCUGCUGAGAAUAGACUUCAUCAUGUGCUUCAGAAAAAAGAGAGCAUGGGCAUCUGUUUCGUUGGUAAAAGAAAUUUUGAAAAUUUCAUCCUUCAGUAUUUACAGCCUCGACCUGGGAAAUUUAUUUCUAUAGAAGACAAUAAGGUUCUGGGAACACACAAAGGUUGGUUCCUGUAUACAUUGGGCCAGAGAGCCAAGAUAGGCGGCUUACGUGAGCCCUGGUAUGUGGUGGAGAAGGACGGCGCCAAGGGUGACGUGUUUGUGGCCCCCCAGACAGACCACCCGGCCCUGUACAGGGACCUGCUGCGGACCAGCCGCGUGCACUGGAUCGCGGAGGAGCCACCCGCCACCCUGGUCCGUGACAAGAUGAUGGAGUGCCACUUCCGGUUCCGCCACCAGAUGGCGCUAGUGCCGUGUGUGCUGACCCUCAAUCAAGACGGCACUGUGUGGGUGACGGCUGUGAAGCCUGUGCGGGCCCUCACCCUGGGACAGUUUGCUGUGUUCUACAAAGGGGACGAGUGCCUGGGCAGCGGGAAAAUCCUGCGCCUAGGGCCGUCUGCCCACACGCUCCAGAAGGGCAAGAGCAAGUCCAGAGUGGCCACCGAGGGCUCCAUUGAUGGCCCGGGCCAUGGCCCUGGCUCGGGUCCCACGCUCUGAUGGAGGCUGAGAGGCUGCCGAGUGCCCAAGAACAGAUGUGGAGGAGCAGAGCCCAGGGUGUGGCAGCCAGGGGCAUGGCUGCUGCUGCCCAAACCAGGGGGAGCCUGGGCGCAUCUGCUGCCCAGUCCCGGCCAGGCUGGCCAAGGUCCAGAAAGGUUCGAGAGCCUGGGAGCGCCCUGGGAGGAGAGGGCCCGCCCUGUCUUCUCGAAGUUGCAGUACUGGUCAGAAGGACUUGCUGGCCAGUGGGUCUGUCCCAGGUGCCGCAUUUAUAGAGUUCCUCUUUCAUACCCUAGGAAGGUUUUCCACUCAGGAGCAUGGAGGGGACCUUGGAGGGGGCGGUAUGGGCUGAGGGACAGCGUCGAAUAAAAAUUCUGGCUGGGGGGCUGGCCCCAUGGCCGAGUGGUUAAGUUCGCGUGCUCCGCUUCAG